AUGGCGAACAUGUUCCGCUCCCGCGCCGGCCCGCUGCUCGCGGCCGGCGGCAUCCUCGGCGGGCUGCUGUACCUGACCUAUGGCGGGCGGCAGCAGCCGCGGCCGCAGGCCGCACCCAACACGGCGGUGGCGGGGUUGCCGGUGUCGGAGACGCUGCAGGCGGUGGCGGGCACGGGCGGGGCGCACUCGCGCGCGCGCGACGCCGAGGACCGCGAGAGCCUGCGCCAGUACGACCCCAAGGACACGCGGCUGCACAGCGCGGACCCGUCGGCGCAGAGCAAGCGCAACCCGCAGAAGGUGCGCGGGGAU